AUGUUGAUCUCCGACAACAAGGUUUCAAUGCAAACAAACCUUGAAAGCUUCUUGGAUUGCACAACGCCCCUCGUCCCAUCUCAAUUCCUCUCCAAGAGCGAGAGUAGGAAGCUUAAUAGGCUAUGGCAUCCUUGGGAAACAGAAAAGGUGGACUACUUUGUACUUGGUGAUCUUUGGAAUAGUUUUGAUGAAUGGAGCGCUUAUGGUGCUGGUAUUCCAAUCACUUCGGGAGACGGCCAAAAUCUAAUCCAAUAUUUCGUGCCGUAUCUCUCCGCUAUUCAAAUUUUCACCAGCAAUUCAUCUGUAAACUGUCUGAGAGAAGAGAUCGACUCUGUGAGCGAGACAAGGGACUCAUUUAGUGAUUCGUUCAGCGACGAGAGUGAAUGCGAAAAGUUAUCAAGGUGGGACGGAUGUUCCUCUGAAGAAGGUGUCUUCGAGCAGGACAGUUUUUGGCUUCCGAAUGAUAGAUUGGGUAAUCUUUACCUUCAAUACUUUGAGAGAUCAUCUCCAUAUGGUAGGGUUCCUCUAAUGGACAAGAUUAGUAGCUUAGCUCAAAGAUACCCUGGAUUGAUGUCUUUGAGAAGUGUAGAUCUUUCGCCUGCUAGUUGGAUGGCAGUUGCCUGGUACCCUAUCUAUCAUAUUCCUACUGGCAGAACUAUUAAAGACUUGCAAACUUGCUUCCUCACCUACCAUACACUUUCUUCUUCCUUUCAAGAUAUGGACUUGGAAAACGAUGUGAAGAGGAAAAGGAAGGAAGGGGAAAGCAUCUCACUCCCUCCAUUUGGGUUGGCCACUUACAAGAUGCAAGGCGAUGUUUGGGUAUCGGACAAAAACGGGCAUGAUCGGGAAAGAAUCGGGUCACUUUUGAGCGUGGCAGAUUCUUGGCUAAAGCAACUACGGGUCCAACACCAUGAUUUCAACUAUUUCAUGGGAAUACGACAUGGCUAA